CAACAAGCAUUAGUUGCUAGCUUCACGGCUCUCGCGUGUCUGUAGCGUCUUAGCCUUUUUCUACUCAAACUUUUUUCGAGGUUGGUUGCGCUAAAUUUCCAGUGUGUUUUCUCUCCGUAACAAAGACUUUUAAAAUCAUUACGCGUAAUGAGGUUAUGCUUUGCAAUCCAAAUAUUUGCCUCGAAAUAAGUUGCCUUUCGACGAGCUAUAAUUACCGACAUUUUCUGCAAUUAGCGUCGGCAAUUUCGAGAGCCUGAAAGGCGAGAGUGAACUAGAAGACAUCUGAAUUGCAAUGAAAUUUCGCGAGAAUACAACGUGAGCAGGCGAACCCCUCAGCGAUCGCAUCAGCUAUGCGCAUGGAAAAAUGGACACCGAGGAAGAGCAGCCGCAGCAGCAGCAGGAAGAACAACUCGUCGGGAGCAGCAGCGCAACAGCAUCGGAGGAUGAAAAGCUCGUGAGACUGGAACAAGAAGCAUCGGCAGAGAGGUCGACGCUCUCGAAAGUGGCGAGCGGCGACGGUAGCGGCGGCGUGCAGCUGUCCUCGGUAAGCAUCGGGAGCCGCUCACGCGAGAGUAAUCGGCUGCCGGCUGCGCGGCGCUGCACGGAAUCCCGCCAGCGGCGCCGCUGUCAAAGCCGCAUCAAAGAGCUGAUUGGAAAGCACGAGCUGAAGAACGAACGGCUCGGGCAGCGGGAGGGACAGCUCUCCCAGCGCCUCCAGAUGCUGGAGUGUACGGUGCCGGCAGUGGCGGUAUGGAGGGCCAGGCAGUCGAGCCCCGAGACGUUGCGCAAGCUCGUCGAGGUGGCCACCACCACGAAGACGACUGCUGCUGGCUGCAGGAUCACGCCGAGCCGGCAUUACGACUGCAGAGUGCGCGAGAUCGAGGCUCAGCGUAAGGAAGCUCACCGUCGAGCGGAGGAGGCGCGCAGCUUGUGGCUGGAGCGCGAGGCGGUCCUGCAGAGCCAGAGGGCGCGCGUCGAGCUGGCAAGGCAACAGCAGGCCGAGCGAAGGCUGCGGAUGGACCAACUGACCGCCGAGGCUCGGAAACUCGAGAAGGAGGCCGGCAGCGCCGGCGAAGACGCCAAGAAGUGGCUGGACCUGGUGGAGAGUGCAGCGUCCCUGUGUUCCAGCGACCUCGAGUGCCUGGGACGUCUCGAGAGUCUCGCAGAGGCCGAGUCCUGCACCCGACGACGCAUCGCCGAGCUCGAGGCCAAGGAGCAGGCGCUCAUGCAAGCUCUUGCCCAGGCGGACCAGCUCGUCCCAGCCGACGACGAACUGCAGCGAGUUAAGGUCCAGGCCGACGAGGCGGAAAAACAGCUGAAGGCAUGUCAGGCCGUGCUUGCCAGAUACCGUGAGCGUGAAGUCGAGCUGUUGCCGAGCGAUAAGGAGACGCAAGCUAUGGUCGAGCUUGCGGACGUUGGUGCCGGCCGGGAGGACGAUCUGGCGACGGUACGAGACCGGGCGACGCAGCAACCCAUCACCGGCGAGGCUUCGCUCGAGAGCAAGGAAACGUGGGCCGGCGUCGAGACGGCAAACAAAGACGUGGACGCGACGGUCGAGUGCGUGCCGGCGUGCGUCGGUCAUUACCGCAGCGAAGCCAACAAAUCCGUAGUGGCUCGAGCCGAGAUGCGAGACAAGCUGGCUCAAGCGGGUGUCAUCCUCGUAGACAAGAACGAGGCGACCCUACCGAAUUUCGCCUGUGGCUUCACCUGCGGAUAUCCCGAGGACGAGGAGGAUGAAUUUACCGCCUGCUGUCCGCCGGAUUUCAUUUGCAACGACGUCGUUGAUUCCGUGACCGGAAUGAUGGACGCGUCGCCCAAUGCAGAAAUGAACCGAAAGAGCAGAGAUACCGCGGGAGUUUCCGCAGCUACGCAAGGAUUAUCCGGCUCGGAAUUGGCGGGAAGAGCGAAAGAUUCCCGAGUGCAACUCGGCCCCAAAGUUUCCGAUAAAGAGAUACAACACAAGUCCGUCCGUGAUGCCGAGAGCCAACAAAGCUUGCGCGACGGCACGAUGAAGAUUCCGCGCUCGGAAAUUGAAACGUGUCUGUCCAUUGUCAAAGACAUGCAUAAAAAGAUUUCAGCCACAUCCAAGUUUCCGCUCGUCUCCGAUGAUUUCCAGAAAUUGAAGAAUAUCUUCGCAUCGAAGCUCGGGUUAGACAGCUUCACGCUAGAGCAGGGAGAAAAGAAAACCGAAGAGGUGACGAUAUCGAGCACGAGCUUGAAAAGUUCACAGAGAAUAGAGAGUAAGAGCAAAGCAAGCGCUUCGACGAUCGAUACCAAACGCUCCGACAAUAGAAGCGUCGAUGAAGUCGCAUCCGCCAAGAGUACUUUGGACAAAAGCGAGAGCAAAAAAGAUGCGAAGUCAAUAAAAUCAAUUUUGAAAUCAACGCCGCCAUCGACGAUUGAUGACAAAAAGAGCGGGACAACUCAACCGUCAAAGAGCCAAAAUAAGAGUCCGGUGCAAGCCAGUGAAAGCAAAAAAACCGAAAAACCCGCUGGGAAAUCAAAAGCUCCGUCGGUGGAACUGGACAACAAGAGUCAGAAAACGAUAAGAAGUGACAAAAAAUCUAUAAUGGAGAGCACAAGCAAAAAAUCCGUAAUGGAGAAUAAUGGUUUCAAAUCCGCGCAAUCUGCUAUGAAAUCGAAAACUCCAUCUGUGGGUGGUAGUCGUAAAAGCGCUGGGCAAACAACGCAGAAGAGUGUUGGCAAAACUCAGGAAAGUGGCAGUAGACAAUCUUCGAAAUCCGACGUCAAAUCGAAAGCGCCGUCAUAUAGAGCUGAUGAUGCUAAAUCGAAUCGUCGGGAAAGCGAAGCCAAAAGUAGCAGUAGUAUUCGAGAAAAAUCAAAAACAAACGACAGCUUGAGCAGCUAUAAUCCGGAGAGAAAGGAGGUCGCGCGAUACGACAGGGGAUCGGCAUCAUCGAAAACUAGAUCAGAAGAAGCCAAAAAGAAGAGUCUUAAUCAAGUGAAUUCAACCGAAAACGUUGGAGCGGAGUCCGGCGAGUUAGGCGAAUCCGACGUGCGACAAGAUUCCAAAGUCCCCGAGACCGAGGUCCGCUCGAUCGAGCUCGAAGAGUCGCAGCAGCCCAGCGGCAGCAGCCGUGCGAUCAAAUCUUCAGAAAGUCCUCGAGCGGAGGAAGAAGAGGGAGACGUCCCGGAGGCAAUGGAAACGGUGGAAGGACCUCUGGCUGCUGUCGAAGCGGAGAUGGCCGCGGCUGCGUUCAGCUUCACUAUCGAGUUCUCGACGGAAGUCAGCCUCGAAAGCCAGCAGCAGCAUCCGAAAUUAAUCGAGCCGGAGGAGGAAAAAGUCGAGCCACCGCUGCAGGAAUUAGGAGAGGAGGCGCCGAAAGAUAAGCCGGAUUUAUCGCGGCAGUCCGCAGCGGUGGAAGCGACGACGGAUAAGGGGCCGGACGAUAAGACGGACGACGACCUUUGCAUAUGCGAGCCCCUCGCCAGGAUCAUGGCCCGAGGUGACGUCUGGCUCGGACUCGAGGGAAAUGAUCGCGAUGGUGAUGAGGGUUGCCUGCACAGCUUUGCUUUCUCUUAUUUGCCGCGCGCCAGAAUGGAAUUUCAUUGCCCGCCAACAGACGCGAAAGCUCGCGGCUGUAUCGGCGAAUUUCGGCAGCAGAGCAAGUGGCCGGAGCGACAGCAACCUCCAGUGCACUCGAAGCUCGCGUGUGGCUGCCCCUUUGAGAGACGAGCACGACAGGAUCAUCGGUCAGUGGAGAAGCAGCAGCGAGCGGCACGUCGACGCACGAUUUGCCAGCCACCUCGACACCCGCGUUAUCCCUGUCACUACUGCUACAGGUGUGGUGCGCCACUCCGGCGAGCAGCGACCGAGAGGAGGAUCGACGAGUGCGAGGAGAAGAGAGACGACGGCCCGCUGACAAGUGAAGUCCCGAGUAGCCUAUCCAAGCGCGAGCAGGGCGUUCUGGCAAAGCUACCGAAAGCUCCGAGCAGCAGCAAGCGAAAGAAGCCGAAGAAACGUCGCGGAACGUUGGAGCUACUGUUCGACGGCGCGAGCCGCAAAGCUGCGCGUAUCCUGGAGGCGAUUUCGAGCGGGGAACUCAUAGGCCUGUCCGCCAAGCCUAAGCUUGGCUCGAGCUGCACCUGCUUGAAAAAUCAGUGUCGCUGCGGCUCCGAAUCCGACUGAGAAUCUACUUCGAGAGACGGGAUCGGACAACUUGGACGACGACGUUUUAGCGAGGUCGUCUCCGUAGAUUACUUCCGGCGCUGCCUUUAUAAUUAUCAACGAAAUCCAUGGCACAUGGGUUUGGAUCAAAACAUGUCCACGUCUGCAUAUUUAUCUUUAUAUAAAUAAGAAGACACGAGCUUCUGGCGGAAUCAGAGCUUCUCCAUUGUAGAUCAGAACUUAGUAUUGUUGUAUAUCUUCCGAACUUUGCUGUACUCUGUAUUUAACUUGUGCCUUAGUUGUUGUGCGUCGUGGUGGAAAUUUUACGCAGCGUUUUAUUUCAAAGAUGCUUUUAACGAAGAAUUGAAUAAAUUUACAUUCUCUGAGUUUCUGAA